AUGAGUUCUUUUGCCAUCAAGAAUGUUCGCAUCUUCGACGGGGACAAUGUGCUAGAAGAUGCGGAUGUCAUCGUGAAAGAUGGCAUCAUCGAGCAGGUCGGGCCUGACCUCAACCCAGGCGACCUGCCCAGCAUCUCGACGCCAGGCUACACUUUACUCCCGGGCCUUAUUGAUGCACACUGCCACCCAGACCGCGAACUCAGGUUGCUAGAGCAGUCGUUCCGAUUUGGCAUAACCACAAUCAUGGACAUGCAUAAUGUGCACGAAAAUGCGGUGCAAUUGAAGAGAUGGGCACAAGCGAGAAAGGACGUUCCGGAUGUGAAAAGCUGCCAUUAUGCCGCGACGAUAAAGGGCGGCUGGCCAGCAUGGGUGGAGAUGAAGCUACCUGGUAUUGAGCCGGGACGUUUCGACAAUUAUCCGAAUGUUAACAGCGAGGAAGCAGCAGAGGCUUACAUCCAGAAAGCUGUAGAAGGCAAGUAUGACUACAUCAAACUGAUGCACGAAGAUGGGCGGGCUCUUGGUAUUGCCGAGGGUCAAAUUGAAAAACCUACAGAGGCGGUGCAAGAAGCCGUCGUUCGCGCAGCACAUAAACGAGGUUUGAAGGUUGUUGGGCAUGCCUUGUCACUUGAAGACACGCGUGAAAUCCUAAGAGCUGGGGUUGACGGACUUGCUCACACGUUCUUCGACGAGCCCAUGACGCCCGAGAUCAUCGAGCUUCACAGGCGCAACAAUGUCUGGGUCAAUCCAACACUGGCAUGUGCAGGUGCUCUGACCGGCGAAUCGUUAGACAUAUUCAAGCAAUUCUCUGAAGACGACAGAGUCAAGAACAAAUUGUCCACGGGGGACAUCGAACUGAUGCAUCACUGCUUGCAUUUGAAGGCCCCUGGCGCGAAGUGGGAAUAUGCCAUUGACAGCGUCCGCCAGCUCAGAGCUGCCGGUACUGACAUCAUUUGUGGCUCCGAUGCAGCGGCCGGAGCCCCAGGGUCCGUCUUCGGUGCCAAUCUACACAUCGAGAUGUAUCUGCUCGUGAUGAAAGCAGGGCUGCCUGCACAAGAAGUCCUGAGAGGUGCGACCAGCUUGACGGCCGACCUGUUCGGGUGGAAUGACAGAGGCAGGAUCGCAGAGGGUCUGAAGGCCGACUUGCUUCUCGUCGAAGGGAACCCCUUGAGCAACAUUACAGACACGCUGAACAUCAGAGCAAUAUGGCGAGACGGUGUCAAAUUUGAGGGUCACCAGGGCUUCCCUCAACACUAG